GGUGCCGUUCAACCGCCAUGAAGAGUCGAUCGUCAUAUGUCUUUGUUUACGUUUAUUUACGAAAUUCAAAUUCCGGCAGAAAUUACGUUUCUUUUUAAGCUUCUACGCUUGUGAAGACGACUAAAUUUACGAAGAUGGCUGCUCAGGAGGAAGUGAACGAAUUUUGGGAAUGCCAGUUUCUUUCUGACCCAAACGAAAUCCGUAAACACGAAAAAGUAACAACUAAAAAUGCGGAUGUUUUGCAACAGAAAUAUACUCAAUGUUUCCAGCUUUGUUCAGAAUUACUGAAUUGCUCUGAAAUUGACAGAAAGAUAAAAGAAGGUGAUGCCAAAGUUCGCAAAAUGACAUUAGAAAAAGAAAUACUUGAAUCUAAACUCAGCAAAGGAGAUGAAGCAUGUCGUAAUCUUCAGGCGGAAUGUCAAGUUCUCUCUUCAACAGUGUCUGAGAAACAGGAUUUAGUACCUGAAUUGGCUCAGGAAAAUGAAUCUUUAAAACAGAUGCACUUUGCUGUUAAAAAUGAUAUUGAGGCAGAGAAAAAACAAGCUAAGAAAAUGUUUGAUAGUAUUAUAGUUAUGAAAGAUUUGUAUAAGAAGCAUGUGGGUUGCCACAUCCGCCUCUUGAAGUCAGAAGAUGAAUCUGAGAUAUAUCUGUUCACAUUCGCAAGUACCCUCAAAUCUGCUGACAAUGAGCCAUUGCCCUUCAGAUCAGCCAAGUUCCGGCGAAUAUACUCAGGACCAUCUGGAACUCAUGAUCCAAAAUGUACUUCUUGGAAAUUGCUAGAAACAAACCCGCCACUUCCAAAUUUUGAGAAGGUUGCAGCGCUAUUAGAUAAAUCUCAAGACGUUCCAGGACUGCUUGUACAUUUGAGGACCCAAUGGAAAUCUAGCCGACUGAACUCAUGAUCGCAAUUCUUAUAUUAUUUUAUAACUUAUUUUUUAGUAUUGUUUUUAUUAAAUGCCUGUGAAUUUGAA